GAUCCGUGCGCAGCGAUGGCGCGGCCGCCCCGGCAGCGCCCGGGGGCCUGGGCGCCGCUGCUCCUGCUGCUGCUGGCCGGGCCCGCCACCUGCGCCGCCAGCCCCGCGGACGACGGUGCGGGGCCUGGGGGCCGGGGGCCCCGGGGCCGCGCGCGGGGCGACGCGGGCGGCGAUGAGGCGGUGCCGCGCCACGACUCCUCCUACGGCACCUUCGCGGGGGAAUUCUAUGACCUGCGCUACCUCUCGGAGGAGGGUUACCCUUUCCCUACUGCUCCUCCUGUGGAUCCAUUUGCCAAAAUCAAAGUGGAUGACUGUGGAAAAACUAAGGGAUGCUUUAGGUAUGGCAAACCAGGCUGUAAUGCAGAGACCUGCGACUACUUCCUCAGCUACCGGAUGAUAGGUGCUGACGUGGAAUUUGAGCUGAGUGCAGACACAGAUGGCUGGGUUGCCGUGGGAUUCUCUUCAGACAAGAAAAUGGGUGGUGAUGAUGUCAUGGCCUGUGUCCACGACGACAAUGGCAGGGUCCGCAUCCAGCACUUCUACAACGUAGGCCAGUGGGCCAAGGAGAUCCAGAGGAAUCCGGCCCGAGAUGAAGAGGGCGUCUUUGAGAACAACCGUGUCACCUGCAGGUUUAAACGCCCUGUGAAUGUUCCCAGAGACGAGACGAUCGUGGAUCUGCACUUGAGCUGGUAUUACCUGUUUGCGUGGGGUCCAGCCAUUCAGGGCUCUAUCACACGACACGAUAUAGACUCACCUCCAGCUUCAGAGCGUGUUGUCAGUAUUUACAAAUACGAAGACAUUUUCAUGCCAUCAGCUGCCUAUCAGACCUUCUCAUCUCCAUUCUGUUUGCUUCUCAUUGUCGCCCUGACCUUCUACUUACUGAUGGGAACCCCUUAGCCACAGCUGCAAGGCCAACAGAGUAAAUGGAUUGGAACAUCUUUGGUAGAAAAGUAUUUUUAAAGAAUAUCCAAUAUAAUCUCAGCUUCUGUUAUUUGGCCGACACCUUGAAUGACUGCAGCUUUUUGGAAGAAGGGAUAAGCUUCUUUUCCAGUUAAAGAGGAUUGUUUCACAGUGACCCCAUGCUUUUGAAAGUACUUACAACUUUUCCAAGCACUUUCAGCUAACGUUUUCUUACGUGAGUUUCACCGCUUGAUGAAAAUUACUAUUGCCAUCUUACUGAAUGGAAUGUGAGACCCAGAAAGGCUGCUUGUUCACACGGCUUCUUGGUCACCCAACACACAGCAAGGUCGAGAAAGAGCUGGACUCAGGAAUCUUGUGUCCAGUCUUGACCAAGUACUACAGUGUAAGAGAGGUACUUGGAGUGUUGAUAGGGGAAAUGCCACUGGGUGUCACAAGUUCACAGUCAGCCUUUUGGGCAGCAAUUUCAGAUUUCCAUAAAGCAUAAGUGCUUUUGCCUGUAUACACAGAUGAUGGGGGGGAAGGGGAAGAUUAUAGUGAUAUUAAAAUGAUUCCUAUUUAUUUGAAAUUCCUUCUCUAAUAGUGAGUAGCACUUUUAUUGCUGUUCAGAAAGGUCAGAAACAGAACUACAUAUGUUCCCGAAGAUGUGAAAUUAUGUUAAUAAUUUUUAAAAAGUUGGGACUUUUAACUGUUUGGAUUUGGACUCUUCUACCACUGUAUUCUUUUUUUUUUUUUAAGAUUAUUUAUUUGAAAGGCAGAAUUACAGAGAGAAGGAGAGACAGAGAUCUUCCAUCUGCUGUCCACUCCUCAAAUGGCCACAGUGACCAGGGCUGGGCAAGGCUGAAACCAGGAGCCAGGAGUUCCUUGCAGGUCUCCCACAUAAGUAGUCGGGGCCUAAGCACUUGGGCCAUCUUUCACUGCUUUUCCCAGGCCACUAACAGGGAUCUGGAUUGGAAGUGCAGCAGUAUGGGAUUCUGGCAUGGAAGGUGGCAGAUUAGCCCUCUGCACUACAACUCCAGCCCAAAACCACUGU